ACCUGAGGCGCUGGGCCCUGGGCGCGGUGGCUGCCGGGAGUGCGGGGGUUGCGACGGAUCUGCCGGCCUAGUGGCCGCGCCGCCGUGGUGCCCGUGAGGAGGGAGCAGCCGGCUCUAGCAUCCAUCCAUGAUGUGCAUUUGAUCUCACAGUAUUAAAGAUGACUACUGCAGCUAGACCAACAUUUGAACCUGCAAGAGGAGGGAGAGGGAAAGGGGAAGGUGACUUAAGUCAGCUCUCCAAACAAUAUUCCAGCCGAGAUCUUCCCUCUCAUACUAAAAUCAAAUACAGACAAACCACCCAGGAUGCCCCUGAAGAGGUACGCAACCGUGACUUCAGGAGAGAACUGGAGGAGAGGGAGAGAGUUGUCGUGAGGGAGAAGAACAGAGACAGGCCUGCGCGAGAGCACACAACGUCCUCUUCUGUGUCUAAGAAACCCCGGCUAGAUCAGAUCCCUGCAGCUAACUUGGAUGCAGAUGAUCCUUUGACUGACGAGGAGGAUGAAGAUGAGGACUAUGACGAAGAGAGUGACGAUGACACAGCUGCUCUUUUAGCUGAGCUAGAAAAGAUCAAGAAGGAGCGGGCUGAGGAGCAGGCCCGAAAGGAACUAGAGCAGAAAGCUGAAGAGGAGAGGAUACGGAUGGAGAACAUCCUGAGUGGGAACCCUUUGUUGAACCUCACUGGUCCAGUUCAGCCUCAGGCAAACUUCAAAGUGAAGAGGAGAUGGGACGAUGACGUGGUCUUCAAGAACUGUGCGAAGGGAGUCGAUGAGAUGAAAAAGGACAAAAGAUUCGUCAAUGACACGCUGCGGUCUGAAUUUCACAAAAAGUUCAUGGAGAAAUACAUCAAGUAGUAGUUUUCCUUUUUUUUUCAUUUUGAAUAUGCUAUUUCACUCAUGGACUAAAUGGAGCAAGCCUUUUCCUUCCUUCUGAAAAACGUGGUUAAAGUGAAAAUCUGGCAACGAGUAGCAGUUCUCCAAGGUCGCCGCUACCCUUUUAACAUAAAAUGACCCUGUCUCUGGAAUACUUCCUUGUUUACUUUGUUUUAGCUCGGGCAGCUAAUUUCCCAGAAAUGUUUCAUUUUGUUGCUAUGAAAUUACAUGUAAUGGCCUUUCUGUAAAUGUUUUGAAAAUGGUGUACAAUAAACCCUUCGCUCUAA